UAAAAAAUUUAAGAACAAUCUUUAACACACCAAAAAUCUGGCUAAAAUAUUUCAAUUUAAAAUUUACACAAUUCAACGUGUGGUAUUUUUGUCGUGUACGUUUAAAAUUCGUACAAAUGACGACAAUGUACAUGUUUUAAACUUGACUAAAGGAUAAUUUAUUCAAUGUUUACGGAGGAAGGAUUUAGAAUAUGUCGUGUAAAAUGAUAUGUGUACGCGAAUUUACCAUCAAACAACCAUUUUUUUAUUUCGGAAAUUGGAAAAUAAAAUCAUGUGAACGGUAUUUAACAUAAAAUGUAGCGGUACUUUAUAUGAAACAAUGUGAAAAAUGGAUAAUAUUUUUGAUAACUAUUUCUGUUAAAAUCACGGGAUUAUUCAUUAUGGUUGAGGUAAGAAAAUGGACUAUUACCAUUUUUAUAAUAUCAACUGUAUUUCUCGUUGUUUAUAUUCCGUUCAUUCAAUUAAACUAUUUUGAAAAGGGAUUUCAAACCUCGGUGAAAAUGUUUCUUCAAACAAGAAAUUUAAGUGCGCAUGCGCAGAAGAACAACGAUAGUGCUAUCCAAAAUCAACAUAAUAUCUCGAAAGGAACCGUAUCAGCGAAUAUAACACAGAAAAAAGAAGAUGUUAGAAAGAAACGGUGCGAAAACUGUUUUCCUCAUGAUUUUAGAUAUGUGAUAAACAACGAAUUGAUUUGUAAGAAAAAUAAUUCAAAUCAAAUUAUUGAUUUAUUUAUAAUGGUUAUAACACAAGCCAAAAAUGUCCAAGCACGGGAUGCUAUUCGAAAAUCAUGGCUAACAUUUUCCAAAACCAACACGGCGAACGUCCGUUAUGCAUUUUUAGUGGGUGCAAUAAAAAGCGAAAAGGAUCAAAGUUCUUUAACAAAGGAAGCAAACUCGUAUCAUGAUAUCAUACAAGAAGAUUUCGUUGACGUGUAUAUGAAUCUGACAUAUAAGACGGUGAUGGGGUUCAAAUAUGCAGCAACAAUGUGCCCCCAUGCCAGAUUUGUUCUCAAAGCAGAUGACGACAUGUACAUCAACAUUCCAAAUCUUUUGGCUUAUCUUAACUCAAGUGCUCAAGACUUACAAAACAAAAUCACAGGAUCCUGCUCUAAAAGUGCAAGACCAAUCAGAAAUUCAAAAUCAAAAUGGUACGCAUCAGAACGCUCCUACAAAGAAAAACAAUAUCCAGGAUUUUGUUCCGGUACAGCGUAUGCAACAAGUAUGAACGUUGUAAAGAAAAUAUAUAAUAUUUCAUAUACAGUGCCAUUUUUUCACCUUGAGGACAUAUACGUUUCUCUUUGUUUACGUUUGAUAGGGGGUAGCGUAUUACACAAAUCUGGUUUUCAUAUUGAUAGACCAAAAUUUGAAGCAUGUCUUUAUAAAGGAAAUAAAUUGUUUACUGCACAUUCAAUGACACCAGAUAUGAUUAGAAAUAUUUGGAAGGCUAAAUGCAAAAAAUAAUAAUUAUAACAACAACAAAUGCAAUCAAUGGCCAUGGUGCAUAGAUUUAGUUUCAAGAUAUGACCUAUUUGUAUACGCCGACCUGUGACCGUUCGUGAAUUAACAUAAACAUGGCUGCUGGAUAUAUAACGUUUCUAAUUCAUUAAACGUCAAUUUAAUUCAUGCAUCUCUGAACAGUAUAAGAUGUCAAACAACAAAAUUGGCCUUAUUCAUAAGAUUUUGAAAAUAGAUUAUGUUAAAAAAUGAUGAAGAUAUUUACUAAACUCCAAUGCUUUAAAGCAGCACGCCUCCAGAUUCAUGCUAAUUUUCAUGAAAAUUUGAAAAUGUAUUUAACAGUUUAAUAUUACCAAAAGAAUGCAAUUUACACAUUAUCAAUGGCACCUACAACCCAUAUCCACAAAGAGGUCAAGAUAUGAAAAAAUAACCCUUACUGCGUUAGUAACGCAUCAGAAAUUUAGUUAUAUAUACUUAAAAUCGGCCAUUAAUCACACAUAGCAAGUAAAUGAAUACUAGAAUUUUGAAUUUUUAUACCUAAAAUCUUAGUACAUUUUUUUCAGGUUUUAUUAUAUCAAAAUAUUUAUGCUCAUCUGGAGGCGUGCAGCUUUAAUAGUAAAAUUUUAUUUUUAUGUGACGAAUGAGAUGCAUGGAAUGAAAGAAAAGCAAGGGUUGUGGGAGAGUGAAUACCUAUCCCAGGAUGGUGUCAUGGCUAAAAUAUAUUAUUAUUAAAUACUACACAGAAAAAAAUGACAAAAAGUUAUUGUUUAAAUAAAUACAGUAUUAUUCUAUAAGCACUGACGAUAUUACAUCUCUCACAUUAUUCUUCUUUUCAUGCAUUUUUGUGUAUAGGUUUGUUUAUCUUUUUUUGUUGAGUUUUUUUGUUGUAUUUUUUUCAAUGGUUACCUUUUUAUUUUAUGGCAUUGCUAGCCAUAUAUGUUCAUGUAUAUUUUUCCUUCCUAUGUUUUCACCUGUAAAUGAUUACUUGAUCUUUUUUUAAUACAAAAAUAAAGAUUUCUGACUUUACAUGAAACAAAAUAUAACCUUUUAAAUGUACUGUGUGUGACCUAACACUCAUUAUUGUAUAACUUCUUAUAUUUUAUUCUGUCACAUUUUUAUUGAUUUAUAUUACUGAUAAUAUAUUUUAUUUUAUGCAUUAAAGAAAUUCGCAGUAAUAACAUAGUACUAACACAGAAAAAAAUAGAAUAGUGGUAUUCCUAUUUUUUUGUAUUUGAUAUAACAUUUGGUUCAGACGGCAGUUUUAUAACAAGAAUAGUCAUAAUUGAAAAUGCCUUAUUAAAGAAUUGUAAAAAAAACAUGCAUAAAUAUAAAGUUAUUUGUUAAAAUAUGCUGGCUUAACGUUUUGUUAAAUUGUAAUGACGAUAAUAAACCUUUUAUACAUGUAAAGUUUACAGAUAAGAAAAAAAGACCCCUUCGCAAAAAAAAUAUAAAAAUAUCUUUUGUAAAACAAUCUGACAAUACAGUUUUAGUAUUGAAAUUAUACAAUGUCAGUUACAGUAGAUCUCAAAUUUUUUUUCAAUUCUAUAGUCAAAAAUAUUGAUUACAGUUGAAUAUUUGAUUUAAAAGAUUGAAGGUAUUGGCUUUAUUAAAAAAUAACUAGAUAACUAUAUCAAUAUCUUCAUUCAAUGACAUUUGUGGGGUUAUGUGUGCGCUAGUUAUUAUUGUAUAACCGGUUGUAUGCUUAUUCUAUGAAUACAAUGUGAUGUUACUGAACUGUAAACAAGUUGCGUGUUUAAAUAUAAAAAAAAUAUAUAUACCUUAAAUCACUAUUGAAUUAUUUUAUCAUCAAAAAGAAUUCGGUGAAUAUUUUGUUUGUAUUUCACGACGAACAGCAGAGGUUGUGAAUUUUUUAUUAUAAUAAUUAUUAUGAACAGUUCAUUUUAUGAGAAAUAAAGAAUGUAAAUUUAUGUUCAUUUUCGAAUUGUUUUGACUUUUAAUGUCUUUUUUAGUUUAACAUGAUAUAAUUUCCAUUAAUUAUACGUUUUACAUUUGUAUUCUUGCUUAUAAAUAUUUUUUUUCUAAUAACAUGUUUUUAGAUAUUAAUUUAGUUGAUUGUGUUUAGGUAAAAAAUAUCUGUGAUAACUAUUAUUGAUGACAGUGUCUUUUGUCAUUUACUCAUGGCGUCAUAGCGUUAAUGACGUCAUUUCAACAUUAACAUCGUAUUAUCAGCAGUAUUUUACCACUUUUACCAAUAUUUUUGUCGCUAUUGUAUAUUGAUAAAUUGCCUCUUGCUCAUUUUACCAUACAAUCAAUAAAUGGUUCCAUAUCAUCAUCUUUGCCAUCGAUUAAUGACUUGUGUUAUACUUUCAAUGAUAUCAUCAAUCAAUGAAUGUUAUCAUACCAUCGAUGAUAUAAUUAUUCAAUAAAUGGUGCCAUACCAUCAAUGAUAUCAUAAAUCAAUAAAUGUUACCAUACCAUCAAUGAUAUCAUAAAUCAAUAAAUUGUGCCAUGCCAUCAAUGAUAUCAUAAAACAAUAAAUGGUCCCAUACCAUCAAUGAUAUCAUAAAUCAAUAAAUGGUGCCAUACCAUCAAUGAUAUCAUAAAUCAAUAAAUGGUUCCAUACCAUCAAUGAUAUCAUAAAUCAAUAAAUGGUACCAUA